AAUCUAUAUGAGCCAUACAUGAAUCUAGUGGAUUUCCAAGAAAGACUGAAGGGCAGAAAAAGACGAGAAGGAAAUAUGGAGGACGUUUACCACUUCCACUGUUCAUUAAAUGAAAGCUUGCUUUCAGCUCUGGUAGUAUGGUAAAUACACUUGUGGAACACUGUUGCUGCUGUUCUAAGCUUUGGUUCUCUGUAUAGACUUUCAUAUCCUCAUGGGUUUCUGGAGAUUUUGGAAGCAUGGGGUUCUUUUGUAAAUCAAAGAUCAAAGCUUGUGUUUUUAAGGUUUUGAUGGUGAAAUCUGGGGGUUUGGUGAUUGAAUUGAAGAUGAAGGGGUUUUGGGUGGUGAUGUUUUUAACUUUUUACAGUGGGUAUGUUUGUGAAGGGGUUAAUUCAACCCUUUCUACCAGGCCUGAUGUGGUGAAUAUUGGGUGUAUACUGACUUUUAUUUCGCCAAUUGGCAAAGUUGCGAAAGCUGCUGUGGAAGCUGCAGUGGAUGAUGUGAACUCCAAUCCAGAUGUUCUUGGGGGAACCAAGUUGAAUGUCACGAUGCUCGACAGCAAUUCUAGUGGAUUUCUCGGCAUUGUUGAAGCUAUGCGGUUCAUGGAGACCGACACGGUGGCUAUAAUCGGUCCCCAAGCUUCAGUCAUAGCUCACGUGAUUUCCCACCUUGCAAACGAGCUACAAGUCCCUUUGUUGUCUUUUGCUGCGACUGAUCCAACGCUUUCGUCUCUUCAGUAUCCGUUCUUCGUUAGGACCUCCCCGAACGAUUUGUUUCAGAUGGCUGCAGUGGCGUCGAUCGUGGACUACUACGAGUGGAGGGAAGUGGUUGCCAUUUUUAUAGACGACGAUUAUGGGAGGAAUGGCAUAGCUGCGUUGGGAGAUCAACUUGCCACGAGACGGUGUCAGAUUUCUUACAAAGCCGCUUUGAAACCCGAGGCCACGGAGGAUGACAUGAAGGAUCUGUUAGUUCGGGUGGCGUUAUUGGAGUCCCGAAUUCUAGUUGUUCACACGUAUCCCGACAAAGGUCUGAAGAUAUUCUCGGUGGCGAAGAGUUUAAGGAUGACGGAAAGCGGGUACGUGUGGAUUACUACGCAUUGGCUCUCGUCUAUCCUCGAUACCAUUGGCCCUCUUCCAGCAGAAACGAUGGAUAGCCUUCAGGGGGCUAUUACGUUGCGUAUACACACUCCGGAUUCACAAUUAAAGCGGGACUUUGCCUCCCGGUGGAGCAAUAUAACCCGAAGGUUGGGAGAUAAUGUUCAUUUAGGAUUGUGUACGUUUGGUCUGUAUGCCUAUGACACCGUAUGGCUACUUGCUCGUGCUCUCGAUGCAUUCUUUAAGGAGGGUGGAAACGUUUCGUUUUCUAAAGAUCCAAGAUUGGAAGGAAAGGAAGGAGGGAGUUUGCGUCUCGGUUCUAUGAGCAUCUUCAACGGGGGGAAUUUAUUGCGUGACAUCAUUUUCAAAACCGAGAUUAUCGGUGUGACUGGAACGUUCAAAUUCACGUCCGAGAGGGACCUAUACAGCCCUGCAUUUGAAGUCAUUAAUUUGAUUGGCAAUGGAUAUAGAAGGGUCGGUUACUGGUCUAAUUACUCCGGGUUAUCAGUUGUGCCUCCCGAAUCUCUCUACUUGAAACCACCGAAUACCUCGUCUUCAAAUCAACAGCUACAUGGCGUAAUCUGGCCUGGACAACAAACGGAUAAGCCUCGAGGGUGGGUUUUCCCGAACAAUGGGAGGCAACUGAGAGUCGGGGUCCCUAACCGAGCUAGCUUCCGUGAAUUUGUAGAGCAAGUGUCAGGUAACGAUAUGUUCAGAGGCUACUGCAUUGAAGUCUUCACAAGUGCUGUAAGCUUACUACCAUAUGCUGUCCCUUAUAAGUUCGUCUCGUUUGGGGAUGGCAUUACAAACCCGGAUGACACAGAAAUAGUUCGCGGAAUCACUGCAGGGGUUUACGGUGCAGCUGUAGGUGAUAUCGCAAUCACAACCAACCGAACAAAGAUGGUCGACUUCACUCAACCUUAUAUUGAAUCGGGGCUAGUCGUGGUGGCACCGGUUAAAGAAUUGAGCUCUAGCGCUUGGGCUUUUCUUAGCCCGUUCACUCCUAGGAUGUGGGCUGUUACAGGAUUCUUUUUCCUCGUUGUCGGGGCAGUUGUCUGGAUUUUGGAACACAGAAUGAACGAGGAUUUUCGUGGACCUCCUAGAAAGCAAAUCAUCACCAUUCUUUGGUUUAGCUUGUCAACGCUCUUCUUUGCACACAAGGAAAACACUGUGAGCACCCUAGGCCGGAUUGUCCUAAUCGUAUGGCUGUUUGUGGUUCUGAUAAUAAACUCGAGCUACACAGCUAGCCUGACCUCAAUCCUUACGGUGCAGCAUCUUUCUUCCCCGGUUAAAGGAAUCGACAGCUUGUUGACUUCGAACGAUCCCAUUGGUUAUCAACUUGGUUCUUUCGCUCGCAACUAUCUGGUUGAAGAACUUGGCAUUCACCCAUCUAGACUCGUUGCUCUUAACCUGCCUGAAGAUUAUGUCAAGGCUUUAAAGAACGGCCCCAAAAAUGGCGGUGUUAUGGCAGUGGUCGAUGAACGUGCAUACAUGGAACUUUUUCUCUCAACACAUUGCGAGUUCAGUAUUGUUGGUCAAGAGUUCCAAAAAAAUGGAUGGGGAUUUGCCUUCCCGAAGGACUCUCCUCUGGCGGUUGACAUGUCAACUGCGAUUCUGAAACUGUCAGAAAACGGGGAGCUUCAGAGGAUCCACGACAAAUGGCUGCUGAGGAGCGCCUGUACCUCGCAAAACACAAAGCUCGAAGUGGACCGCCUCGAGCUGAAGAGCUUCGCGGGUCUCUUUUCCAUAUGCGCGGUGGCGUGCUUCUUAGCUCUGCUCGUGUACUUCAUACUGCUGACACGCCAGUUCACGAGGUAUAGCUCUGAUCCCGAGCAGACACCUUCUAGUGGUGGAAGCUCACGAUCAGCUCGACUGCAGACUUUCCUCUCUUUUGUCGACGAAAAAGAAGAGACAGCGAAAAGCCGGUCCAUCAAGAGGAAGCAGAUGGAGGGAGAUUCAGCUAGGAGCAUUGAUGAUGAUGAUUCAUAUGUGAAUGGUUCUUCCAGGAGUAUAGGCCAUUCACAGGUGUUCUCAAACAGAGCUUAGAGUCUUGGAAAUUCUCAGUCUGUCUUUUUUUAACAAUAAUUGUGUGCUUCUUAAAUGUUAUUAUUGUUUAGGCUAAUAUAUACGUAGAUAUAGAUAACUCUUUUCUUCUUCUCCCAAUAGAUAGCAUAUUUUGAAAUGUUCAUAUGCUUGUCAUGUGGACAUGUACUAGCUUAGAGGCUCUGACAUAAGGAGAGUAGAAAGUCUGCUUUCAACAUGUUAGAAAUUAGGGAUUGAAAA